GAUUCUUAUAUUUGUGCUAGUUAUGAAAUGCCACAAGAUGAAGUAUAUAUAGUAAAAUUUGAAGCACUAGCUAAUGCAAGUACAGCACAUCACAUUUUGUUAUUUGGUUGUUCUGAUGGACCUGCUUUGACUACACCAACAUGGGGUUGUCCACCAUUAUGUAAAAGUAGAGAACAGAUUAUGUUUGCUUGGGCCAAAAAUGCUCCGCCAACAGUUUUACCAAAAGAUGUGGGAUUUAGAGUUGGUGGAGGUUCUACAAUAAGAAAUAUAGUAUUACAGAUUCAUUAUGCUCAUUCUUCACCAUAUCCUGAUCAAUCUGGUAUUAGAGUAUAUGUUACAAGACAGAAGUAUAAAUAUGUAGCUGGUAUAUUUUUAAUGAUGUCAUAUUCUAUAACAAUACCCCCACAUAAAUCAGUUGUACAUGCUGAUGUCAGUUGUAAAUAUAACGGAAAAACAGAGAUACAUCCUUUUGCAUACAGAACACAUGCUCAUGAGCUAGGUACUGUAAUAACUGGCUAUCAAUAUAAUAAAACUUAUUAUAUGAUUGGUAAAGGUAAUCCACAAUGGCCUCAGGCAUUUUAUCCUGUAACAGAAAAAAUCACAGUGAAACCAGGAGACAAUAUGUUAGCUAGAUGUACAUAUAAUUCUACACAGAGAGACACACCAACAUAUAUAGGACCAACUGGGAAAGAUGAAAUGUGUAACUUUUAUACCAUGUUCUACACGGAUGCAUCAGUUGAAACAACGUUUGGCCAGUGUGGUGGUUCACAAUACCCUGAAAUAGUUGACCAGUUACCCGCUGGCUCAGAUACCAGACUACCUCCUAAUCCUUUAUUAGAUGAAAUGGCAGGUCAUCAUCACCAUCAUCCACAGGCACAAACACCUCCAUCUACAGGAACAGGUAAUAACAAUAGACUUCAUCAAUCCAGACCUUAUCCUGGUACAGAUUAUCCAGACUAUCAAUUUGAUCAUCCAGCUAAUGUCAAUAACCAACAAUGGCCAACUGGUCAUAGACUAGGACAAGUUAGUGGUGUAGCAACUGGUAAAAAUGGAAAUGUUUAUAUCUUUCAUCGUGGUUCUAGAAAAUGGGAAUGGGAUUCAUUUGAUGCCUAUAAUGUAUUUACUCUACAAACUGCUACUAUACCAGAAAAAACUAUAUUGGUAUAUGAUAAAGAUGGGACACUAAUUAGAGCUUUUGGUGAAAAUUUAUUCUUUAUGCCUCAUGGAUUAUCUGUUGAUGACAAUGAUAAUAUUUGGGUAACAGAUGUGGCUUUACAUCAGGCUAUGAGGUUUCCAGCUGGUAAAGAUAAACCUGAUUUAAUACUAGGUGAAAGAUUUAAACCUGAAUCAGAUGAGAAUCAUUUCUGUAAACCAACAGAUAUAGCUAUUCUUUCUACUGGUGAAUUCUUUAUUUCUGAUGGGUAUUGUAAUGGUAGAGUGAUGAAAUUUUCAGCUGAUGGAAAGUUUCUGAAACAAUUUGGUACACAGGAUCUGUUUGCUACAGAUGAUGGUGAACCACCAAAUGGAGCUUUUGAUGUUCCUCAUUCUAUUACCAUAGCUGAAGAUAAAAAUUUGGUAUGUGUAGCUGAUAGAGAAAAUGGUAGAAUACAAUGUUUUGAUUUUGAAGGAAAAUUUAGUCAUAUUAUUAAAGUUAAAGAAUUUGGUUCCAGAUUGUUUGCUAUAGAAUAUACUCCAUUACAUGAUGGUAUGUUAUUUGCUGUAAAUGGUCCAGUAUAUGAUGGAGUGGAGACAGUGGUUCAAGGUUUUACUGUUGAUAUUAAAACAGGAAAACUUUUACAAUCUUGGAAUAUACCUCAGGGGUUAAAUAGUCCACAUGAUGUAGCAGUGAAUUCAGUGGAUCAUUCUGUAUAUGUGGCAGAAUUAGAUAAAGUAGUUUGGAAGUUUAUUAUGUCACAUAAGGCAGGCAGUGGUAAGUUUACUCUUUAA